AUGCUAUUGCUCGCGAUUGCUAUAAUUGUUGAGGCCCUCAUCGGUCGAGCAACUGCUGAUCCCUGGGAUGGCGACAGAAAGCGAGGCAACGGCUUUUUCAUGAAAACCCUCCCAUUUAACAACUGGAUUGUCCACGCCACCUACUCAGUCACACUGCCAAACAUCCCAUGCGGCUAUGUUCCAGGCGGCGAUGAGCAGGUGGCACUUUGGAUCGGGAUGCAAGACAACCCAGGCAACCGCAGCACCCUAUACAUGAGUUUCGUUCAACCACUGUUUGUCUGGGGUCCAACCCCUAAUGUGGUAGUGGACCCGGCCUGCAACGCCGAGACAUGGUGCGGCACCGCGAGUACGUGGGUCGGCGAGGAGCAAGUCCAGUACAGCGCCGGCUUCACGCCAGUCGCCGUCGGCACGACUCUAGACAUGGAGAUCUCUGUUGGUGAAGCGGUCACGCAGACAAUCUACAUCGGCAGGGAGGUGUUCUCGACCCAGACCGGCAGCCCUGGAAUGCGCCCGGGGGUGUUUAACUCCCAGAGCGAGUGCAUUACCAAUUCUUGCGGCACUCUUGAGAGCUUUGAAUGGAAGAAUCUCAGGCUGACACUAAAUAAGGCACAGCCGGACUGGGGCCCCAAGAUGAAAUUAGCGAAUGCUACGACCGCGGGCUGGGAAACGCCAGAUUCUGGUGUCACGGACUACAUGUAUAUGGAUAACAGUGUACAUGAAUGCUAG